AUGAGUACGUUGUUACGAUGUGGAAGGAACAGUCGUACCCACCAAUUCGGGUGCAGCGGUGAGGAUAUGUUGAGUAAUGCUAAGUCACCUGCCGUAGGCCGCCACCUUCCAUUCUUCUAUUUUUUCGGUGCCGCCACCACCGUGUCAAGGUCACGAGUUUGUCGCCGAAGCCCAUCCUCCCUACGUCGGAAUCAGAGCAUGCCUGUCGGUGGAUUGAUUGCUGCUGUUAGACACCAAACCUCAGUCUCCAUUACCGUUGCUCCUCCAUCUUUCUCCUUCUUCACUUCUGACAGCCGCCACCAUCAGAGUAUCCGAGCCGUCAUCCAGUCACGAGCAACCCAAUCGCCAAUGGAAGCCUUAACCACCUCCAUACAUACGCUGUUGCUGCCCUUCAAUGACGACAAGGCCAUCGCCUGUUUCCUUGAUGAUGUGAGCCUUCACGGCGUGGUUGUAAACGAUGUAACCAAACCGUGA